GAGAGAGAGAGAGAGAGAGUGUGUAAUAGCUAUUGCGUAUUGUAAAUAUAGAGAUCGGGUCUUGACUUAAUUGUUUCCUGCAUUAUAAGACGUGUCAUUGUUUUAUGAUCGACAAAGUGCUGACAUACUUGCCUUGAGAAAAAAUUGCCUCCUGAAUUGUCUGGAUGUAAAAUAAAAUCUCUAAGACUGGGUAAAGAUGGGCUCCAUAUUCAGAAGUGAGGAGAUGUGCUUGGCUCAGCUCUUCUUGCAGUCUGGGUCCGCUUAUGACUGCAUUAGCGAACUGGGAGAAAUGGGACUGGCAGAAUUCAGAGAUCUCAAUCCCAACAUGAACGCCUUUCAGCGCAAAUUUGUCAACGAGAUAAAGAGGUGCGAAGAAAUGGAGAGAAUCCUUGUUUAUUUGCUGAGAGAAAUUAAAAAAGCAGACAUACCUCUGCCAGAAGGAGAUGUCAAUCCGGUAGCCCCACUGCCUAAACAUGUCAUGGUGAUAAUGGAGCAGCUGCAAAAGCUUGAUGUCGAGUUAAGGGAAGUAACCAAAAAUAAAGAAAAGCUGAAGAAGAAUCUUUUGGAGCUGACAGAGUACACCCACAUGCUGAGGGUAACCAGGAACUUUGUCCAAAGGAAUGCAGAGGAGCCUUCACGAUCUCAGUAUGAAGAGUUCCCUUCUUUGGAAAAGGAGUCCUUUGUGGAGUGUACCAACAUGCAGAGGAUGGGGGCCAAACUAGGAUUUGUUUCCGGCUUAAUCCAUAGAGGAAAAAUAGAAGCUUUUGAAAGGAUGCUGUGGAGAGUGUGUAAAGGCUACACGAUUCUUAGUUAUGCAGAGAUAGAUGACAUUAUUGAAGAUCCAUAUACUGGAGAAACCACAAAGAGUGUUGUGUUUUUAGUUUCUUAUUGGGGUGAACAAAUAGGCCAGAAGGUUAAGAAGAUAUGCGAUUGUUACCACUGUCACACCUAUCCGUACCCCAGCAGCAAUGAAGAGAGGAGGGAUGUUGUGGAAGGGCUCAAGAUCCGAAUACAGGAUCUGCACACUGUUUUGCACAGAACCGAAGAUUACCUGAGACAGGUCUUGGGUAACGCUUCAGAAUCCAUUUACACUUGGGUGAUCCAGGUGAAAAAGAUGAAGGCGAUUUAUCACAUACUGAACCUGUGCAGCUUUGAUGUUACAAAUAAAUGCCUCAUUGCUGAGGUCUGGUGCCCAGUUGAUGACUUGGCGACGUUGCGCAGAGCACUUGAGGAGGGAUCGAACAGGGCUGCUGAAUGGCACCAGCAGCUUGACAAAUCACGUUACACCUUUAUUCCAUGUUUGUUUUUGCUUGUUCAAUUUCAGCUCAAUCCCAACAUGAACGCCUUUCAGCGCAAAUUUGUCAACGAGAUAAAGAGGUGCGAAGAAAUGGAGAGAAUCCUUGUUUAUUUGCUGAGAGAAAUUAAAAAAGCAGACAUACCUCUGCCAGAAGGAGAUGUCAAUCCGGUAGCCCCACUGCCUAAACAUGUCAUGGUGAUAAUGGAGCAGCUGCAAAAGCUUGAUGUCGAGUUAAGGGAAGUAACCAAAAAUAAAGAAAAGCUGAAGAAGAAUCUUUUGGAGCUGACAGAGUACACCCACAUGCUGAGGGUAACCAGGAACUUUGUCCAAAGGAAUGCAGAGGAGCCUUCACGAUCUCAGUAUGAAGAGUUCCCUUCUUUGGAAAAGGAGUCCUUUGUGGAGUGUACCAACAUGCAGAGGAUGGGGGCCAAACUAGGAUUUGUUUCCGGCUUAAUCCAUAGAGGAAAAAUAGAAGCUUUUGAAAGGAUGCUGUGGAGAGUGUGUAAAGGCUACACGAUUCUUAGUUAUGCAGAGAUAGAUGACAUUAUUGAAGAUCCAUAUACUGGAGAAACCACAAAGAGUGUUGUGUUUUUAGUUUCUUAUUGGGGUGAACAAAUAGGCCAGAAGGUUAAGAAGAUAUGCGAUUGUUACCACUGUCACACCUAUCCGUACCCCAGCAGCAAUGAAGAGAGGAGGGAUGUUGUGGAAGGGCUCAAGAUCCGAAUACAGGAUCUGCACACUGUUUUGCACAGAACCGAAGAUUACCUGAGACAGGUCUUGGGUAACGCUUCAGAAUCCAUUUACACUUGGGUGAUCCAGGUGAAAAAGAUGAAGGCGAUUUAUCACAUACUGAACCUGUGCAGCUUUGAUGUUACAAAUAAAUGCCUCAUUGCUGAGGUCUGGUGCCCGGUUGAUGACUUGGCGACGUUGCGCAGAGCACUUGAGGAGGGAUCGAGGCAGAGUGGAGCCACUGUUCCGUCCUUUGUGAAUCGAAUACCAAGUACAGAAACACCUCCCAGCCUCAUCAGAACAAACAAAUUCACGUCAGGAUUUCAAAAUAUUGUAGACGCUUACGGAGUGGGCAAUUACAGAGAAGUUAAUCCAGCUCCAUACACCAUUAUCACAUUCCCCUUCCUCUUUGCUGUGAUGUUUGGAGACUUCGGACAUGGAAUAAUAAUGGCUCUGUUUUCAUUGUGGAUGGUUGUAUUUGAAAACAAUCCCACACUAAAGAAAACAAGAAAUGAGAUGUGGAACCUGGCCAACAAUAAACUCAAUUUCUUGAAUUCCUAUAAAAUGAAAAUGUCAGUCAUCCUGGGAAUUGUUCACAUGACCUUCGGAGUCAUCCUGGGCAUCUUCAACCACAUGCACUUCAGAAAGAAGUUUAACAUCUACCUGGUAUUUCUGCCCGAGAUCCUCUUCUUGCUGUGCCUUUUUGGGUACCUGGUGUUUAUGGUGGUUUAUAAAUGGUUGGCAUAUUCGGCAGAGAAUUCCAGUGUGGCUCCAAGCAUCCUCAUUCACUUCAUUAACAUGUUCUUUUUUCAAGGGACUGAAGGCUUUCAGCCACUUUAUCCUGGUCAGACAGGGUUACAAGUAUUUCUUGUAGUGGUAGCAUUGCUCUCUGUGCCUGUUUUGCUGCUGGGCAAACCACUUUACCUGUAUUGGCUCCACAAUGGAGGCAAGAGCCUUGGGAUGUAUAGAAACGGUUACGAGUUGGUGCGGCGAGGAAGUGAAGAGGAGCUGUCUCUUCUGAGGGCUGAAGAUCUGGAAGAAGGCGUCAGCUACACAGACCAUGGAGCAAGCAGAGACACACAACCAGAGGAGUUUGAUUUUGGAGAUGUGUUAAUGCAUCAAGCUAUUCACACUAUUGAAUACUGCCUUGGCUGCAUCUCAAACACUGCUUCCUACCUGCGACUGUGGGCACUAAGUCUUGCACACGCACAGUUGUCUGAAGUUCUCUGGGAAAUGGUAAUGAGAGUGGGCCUUCGUGUGGACACUAUGUUUGGCAUUGUGUUACUAGUGCCAGUCUUCGGGCUGUUUGCUGUAUUGACUGUGGCUAUUCUACUUGUCAUGGAGGGUCUUUCUGCAUUCCUGCAUGCUCUACGACUGCAUUGGGUGGAAUUUCAGAACAAGUUCUACACUGGUGCCGGGAUCAAGUUCAUUCCUUUCUCCUUUAAACUGCUGUCCCAAAGUUUCGAACAAGAUGGUGUGCUUUGAAACGAGUGCUUGGAGACAGGGAGCACAGAAAAAUAACAUGCAACGAGAAUCACGACAUUGAACCUCAUAGGCUGGACAGUUUUAUUUUUUGUACUAAACUGGUUUGUUGCACUGACUGCCUUUUACAUAAUGCAAGCAAAUAUCUACAUAUCAUAUUUUAUUAUGAAUCAUAUUUUCAAGAUUUCGCAUCUCAGCGGCUGUAUAUAGAUAGCCCUUUAACAUUUCCAUGUUUCACUGUGAACAUUGUACAAUUCAUACUGUUUCAUGAUGAAUAGUGUAGAGGGAGGGGCUUGGGUUAUUGCUGGUUUUGUCAAAAGGUAAAAAAAAAUCUUAGUAAAACACUCCUUAAAGACAGUGUUAGUGAUGGGUUGUGACAUUUAAAAUUGACAACAGAUGUUAUUUUUUGAGAUAUGAUGGGAGGCCCAUAAAUAAAUGUAACAGCUUAUAAAUUCCAGAAGUAAUGGCUAAUAAUCUAAAACUAAAAUAGUUUAACAUUUUAUUAACAGUUGUUUUUGCUUUCAAAUAUAUAAUAAGAAGUUGGAACAGAUAUUUUAUAAGCAACAAGUAUGGCAUAGUGUAAACUGUGUUUUGCUUGUAAAUGAAUGUACAUUUGUAAACGCACAACAUUGUGAAUGUAUUUUGAGCUGAGUUUCCAUUCCAUUGUAUUUCUCCAUUGGGAGUGCUGCAGUUUGAAAAGGUAGGAACAGAAAAACCAAACAACUAAAUGUAAUUCUUGUACAAUAUGUCAUGAUGAUUCCGAGGAUCCAGAAGAGCUUGGACGAUGAGAUAGAAACUUUGGUUUACCGAAACAGUCCAAAAAUUCUGUUCUGAUCCAUGGAGGACAAGCAUAUUUGAGAGGGACUGGUGUGCAACUCUGAGGCUGGAACUGCCGACGGACAGAUUCGUAGCGCAAACGCACAAGUAUAUAAGAGCUCACUGUUCCUCUGUGCCAGGCUUUUUAAUUAGUUAUAUUUUAUUUAUUAAUAUAUUGGUGAGAAAAAAAUCAAAUAAGGUAUUUUAUGAAUUAUUCCCGUGAGCAAACAACUUGGUUAACUAAAAAUGAAAUGCAAAAAUAAUACGUAAACUUCUGUAUCCACUUAUGUGUUUUAUUUUUCUUCAGUUGUUGCUAAUUUGAACUUGUACACUGUAUGGUCUGUUAAAGCAUAUGCUGUAGCAGUAGCAAAACACAUUGCACUUGUUUCUGUGUAAGCUCUACAUAAAACGGGUUGUCUUGUGUAUUUUGAUAGGACUAAUUUAGGUUUUUGCAACAUGACUAUGGAAAUAGUUUUAAAAAGACCAAUUAUUUGCUAAUAAGUUAAUAAAGUAAUAAUUGAACUGG